AUGUCUGCUGCCAGCUGUCUUCUAUCUCGUGAUCAGUUUCAGUGCUCCAUCUGUCUGGAUAUCUUAACUGAUCCAGUCUCCACACCAUGUGGACACAACUUCUGCAAAAACUGCAUCAGUCAACACUGGGAUAUUAGUGAAACCUGUCAGUGCCCCACAUGUAAAAAGGUGUUUGAGACCAGACCUGAGCUGCACGUCAACACUUUCAUCUCUGAGAUGGUUUCUCAGUUCAGACGUGAAGUUCAGCAAAAAACCAGCACCAGCAUCUCAGAGCAACAAGCUGCCAAACCAGGAGAAGUUCCCUGUGACAUCUGCACUGGAACCAAGCUGAAGGCCCUGAAAUCCUGCCUGGUGUGUCUGGCCUCCUACUGUCAGACUCACCUGGAGCCUCAUCUGACAGCUUCACGUCUGAAAAGACAUCAGCUGAUUGAUCCUGAGGAGAACCUGGAAGGCUGGAUGUGUAUGAAGCAUGAUCAACCUCUGGAGCUGUUCUGUAAGACCGAUCAGACAUGUGUCUGCAUGCUCUGCUCUGUUAUAGACCACAAGACUCAUGAGUUUGUUCCUUUGAGAGAAGAAUAUGAAGAAAAGAAGGCAGAACUGGGGAAGACUGAGACUGAAAUUCAACAGAUGAUCACGAAGAGACAACUGAAGGUUCAGGAGAUUAAACAGUCAGUGAAGAUGAGUAAAGAUGCUGCAGACAGAGAGAAAGCAGAAGGUGUUCAAGUUUUCACUGCUCUAACGAAGUCCCUCAGGAAAAGUCUGAAUGAGCUCAUAAAGGAGAUUGAAGACAAACAGGAAACAACAGAGAAACAGGCUGAAGGUUUCAUCAAAGAUCUGGAACAGGAAAUCUCUGAGCUGAUGAAGAGAAGCUCUGAGGUGGAGGAGCUCUCAUGCUCUAAAGAUCACCUCCACCUUCUCCAAAGAUUCUCAUCCCUGAAAGCUGCUCCAACCACCAAGGACUGGACAGAGGUCAGUAUCCAUCCACCAUCAUAUGAGGGGACUGUGGUGAGAGCUGUGGAUCAGCUGAAGGAGACGCUCAGUAAAGAGAUGAAGAAGCUGUUUGAGGCUGAGCUGAAGAGGGUCCAGCAGUAUGCAGUGGAUGUGACUCUUGAUCCUGAUACAGCACAUCCUAAACUCAUCCUGUCUGAUGAUGAAAGACAAGUACACCAUGAUGAUGAGAAGAAGAAUCUUCCAGAAAACCCAGAGAGAUUUUCUAAAGGUGUUUGUGUUUUAGGAAAGCAGAGUCUCUCUUCAGGCAGAUUUUACUUUGAGGUUCGGGUUAAAGAAAAGAGAGACUGGAUUUUAGGAAUGGUCAGAGAGUCAGUCAAAAGAAAGGAAGAAAUCACACUCAGUCCUGAGGAUGGUUACUGGACUGUAGCAGUAGUAAAUGGAAAUGUAUGUGUAGCUUUUGAGGACUCCCAGGUCCGUCUCACUCCUCAGUUUUGUCCUGAGAAGGUGGGAGUGUUUGUGGAUUAUGAAGAGGGUCUGGUCUCCUUCCAUGACGUAGAUGAUGCAGCUCUUAUCUAUUCCUUUACUGGCUGCUCCUUCACCAGGAAACUCUACCCAUUCUUCUGUCCCGGUGUCAAUGAUAAUGGUAAAAACUCUGCACCUCUGAUCGUCUGUCCUGUCCAGUGUUGGGACUAA